UAAAAAAAAAACAAGCAUAUUCAGAUUCAGCAAAGGAAGGGAACCUUUGUGUCUGUUUGCUAUGUAGGGCCUAGCUUUUUAUUAUAUUAUUGCCCUGUCCUUUUGUGCUGUGUGGCCGAUCAAGAGUUAUAUAUUUUCAAGUGGUGCGAGGAGCUCCUCCUCUUCAAGCCUCUCCUCUCAGCCUACUCUCCACCCCCGCACUUCCUGACACACUACAAAUUCACACCCUCCCUCCCUCCCUCCUCCUCCUCCUCUCAUCUCUCCCAUGCCCAACCUCACCUGCUCUAUCUUCUUCCCUCUCCCAUAGCCUUUGAUCCUCAAGAUCCAACCCUCGAACGUCAGCUUUCCAUAUUGAAACUUUCAAAUUUUGGCCCCUUCUUCCUCUUGGUUCCUUCUUCUGUCAUGGCAACCAUUGUGUGCCAAGGUUUGCAGUCUUGUCUAGAUUCCCAAAUCAUGGAGCCGAUGUCCGUAAGGCUCAAAUUGACUUCACCAAGUCCUCCUCACUUCUCUCAGUUCUUGGAUGUGCCCUCAAAGAGUAGCCCUUUGGGCAAAUCCAGCAAAGGGUCUGAAGUGCAAAAUGAAACCCCCUGGAUGGCCAGCAAUUCUCUUGCCAAUCCCAUCUCGCCAGUCAACAAGCAAGACUUUGCCUAUGUCCCGCCAAUGACAAAGAGUUCUUCUUCAAUAUCACUCCUUGAGAAAAGCCUGGCGAUGUGCACUGAGGAUCUGGGGAACGAGACUGGUAUUGUUGACCACGUUAGUGAAAGCAUGGUUUUACCAUCUGUUCCAACCGGCGGAUCGAGGUCCGAUGAGAACUCACUUAGACCCCGCGAACACGUUGGGGCUAAGGAAUCGAUGCGUCGCAGUUUCCCACCUCCACUGACUACUAUCAGCGGGGUAAAGUCCCUCCAAGUCAGGCCUCACAGAGAACAUGGAAGAUUGGUUAUUGAAGCCGUAAAGGCCCUGUCGAGUUGUCCUCAUUUUCGAGCCGAGAGGAGCGACGGCCGGCUUCGGCUAUGUUUUCUGAGAGAACCCACUUCAUCAUGCGUUGAUUCUAUAGAUGAUGAAGGGAGAAUGUUCGAUGAUGACACGAUGGAAGAUGAUGAAAAAGAUUGGGAAGAAGACUGUGUCUCUGAGGAAGAGGAAGUUGAUGAUAAUGAUAUGAGAGAUGAUGCCUGUGGUGAUGUCAAGGGAAUCCUUCAGAGAACUGGAAGAUGCAAGGAGAAAGAGCCUGAAAAUAGAAGGUUGUUAACUUGGGAGCCAUCCUGGGUGGCCACAUCAUGAAGCUUUCUAUCUCUCUCUCUAUCUCUCUCUUGAAUGAAUAUCAUCGUCCAAUUUUGUAGAGUGUUGUCCCUUUUCAACUUCU